AUGACGAUCUCUUCCACCCAAACCAUACCUUCAUCCCGAAUCACCCUGAACAUAGCAGAGAAACGAGAACCUAAGCCGCCUCCGAAGGUCUUCCCCGUCCGCGAGCCCCCGUUCAAGGGCAUCCUGCCCCCUCAACCAGAUGGCUAUGAGCGGAGUCGAGCUUCCCCAAGCACCAGCGCAAUAGUUAUCGACAAUGGAUCGCAUCUUGUUAAAGCCGGUUGGUCCUUCGACAAGGCCCCUCGUUUCAUCAUCCCCCCUAUCAUAGCCCGCUAUAGAGACCGCAAAGCCAAUCGCACAUGCCAGUUCGUCGGAUAUGAUGCCUAUGUCGAUGCGACAACCAGAGGCCAAGUGCGCAAUGCGUUCGAUCCUGGAACAAGCAUCGUCGGUAAUUGGGAUGUCAUGGAGGGCUUGCUGGAUUAUAUUUUCUUGAAGCUUGGUGUGGAUGGAGAAAACGGCGGCGUCGAUCGACCGCUUGUCUUUACGGAGCCGAUCGCCAAUCUGGGAUAUUCACGACGAAGUAUGAUUUGCACUCUAUCGCUGGCAUUUCUAGGAAUUGGGGCUAUGCUAAUGGAAUGGAACGUAGUGAUGAACGAGAUCGCCUUUGAAUGCUAUUCAGCUCCGUCUGUCGCCUAUGGAAUCGAUUCUCUAUUUGCAUACAAGUACAAUCGCGGUACAAAUGGCCUUGUCAUCUCUUCGUCCCAUUCUUCUACCCAUGUCAUCCCGGUCCUUAACUCCAAGGCCAUUUUAUCGAAUUGCACCAGGCUAAACUGGGGUGGCUACCAAUCCUGUGACUAUCUUAUGAAACUCCUCAAGUUAAAGUAUCCUACCUUUCCCGCGCGAAUAACGGAGACCCAAAUGGAAGAACUCCUGCAUCAGCACUGCUAUGUGUCGCAAGACUAUGAUCGAGAACUGAGCGGCUACCUUGACUGGGCCGGUUUAGAGGAUCGGGACCAUGUCAUCCAAUAUCCCUUCACAGAGCACAUCGUUCCAGAGAAGUCUGAAGAGGAGCUCGCUCGGAUAGCGGAACGUAAAAAGGAGAGCGGAAGGCGGCUGCAAGAACAGGCGGCAAAAAUGCGACUUGAAAAGUUGAUGAAGAAGGAACAAGAAUUAGAAUACUACAAGGAUCUACAGAAGAACUUGGCUUCAGAGAGUAAAAGGGAGAUCAGGCGGAUCCUUGAUGCGGAAGAUAUGAAGGAUGAAGCGCAGCUAGAAAAAACUAUAAGGGAGCUUGAAAAAUCCAUAAAACGAUCGCGGAAUAAAGAUCUUGGACAGGAAGAAACGGAAGAAAACUCUGAGGAGAUGUCGUUUGCCUUAUUGGAUGUUCCCGACGAAGAGCUCGACGAGGCUGGCCUCAAGGAGAAGAAACAUCAACGCCUAAUGAAAUCUAACGUUGAAGCGAGACAGCGGGCCAAGGAGGAGAAAGAAAGAGAAAAAGCGAGAAUAGCGGAGGAAGAAAGGUUGGAUACUGAGAAACGUGAAAAUAAUUUUGAAGUUUGGGUUGAAGAGCGGAGACAGGCAAGAGACGCGAUAAUACAAAGGAUCAAAGAACGCGAACGCAUGAAGGCUGAUCUCGGCAACCGCAAAUCUCUCGCCAGCCAAAUCCGCAUGAAAACACUCGCCAAUCUCGCCGCGGACGGGCCUAAGAAACGCCGCCGUGGUGGAGACGAUGAUACAUUCGGCGCCAACGACGAGGACUGGGGAGUGUACCGUACAGUCGCCACAGGUGAAGGCAGCGAUGACGAAGACGAAGAAGAUCCCAAUCAACAGCUCAAAUCCAUCGAGUCCGAUCUCCUCAAGUACGACCCCGAGUUCACAGAAAACCACACGCUCGAAGCCCAGUCUGACUGGACGAAAUCCCUCAUCCACAUGUUCCUCCGCGGCCCAUGGCCAUUUGACCCGGAGAGCCAGCGUGAGGCCCACCAGCUACACCUCAACGUGGAGCGCAUCCGCGUUCCAGAAGUCGUUUUCCAGCCCUCCAUCGCCGGCGUCGAUCAAUCCGGCAUUGUCGAGAUGGCAGCGGACAUCGUCCUGCAGCGCUUCUCCUCUCGCGAAGACCAGGCCCGCCUCCUGCGCGACGUGUUUAUCACGGGCGGAAACUCUCUCUUCCAGGGUUUCGACGAGCGAUUCGCGCGAGAAUUCCGUGCCGUUCUUCCCGAAGGUUCAGACUUGCGGGUGCGCAGGGCGAAUGAUCCGGUGCUUGAUGCGUGGAAGGGAGCAGCGCAGUGGGCGGCGGGUCCGGAUCUAGCGACGUGUUCGAUUUCAAGGCAGGAGUACUUGGAGAAGGGAAGCGAGUAUAUCAAGGAGCACAUGCUGGGGAAUGCAGCCUGA